AUGCUCUAAUAAUCUCAAAAUAUUGAUUACUUGUAUAUACCUACUAGUAAGAAUUUAUAAUCACUCCUUAAAACCUAAACUUUUUGGACUAUUGGAAAUGUUCAAUCAGCUUAUCUUAUUAAGUCUUAAUUAGUAAAUCUAACUAAAAGUCAAAAUUAUGAAUAUGCAUUAACUAAAGAUGGCUCAUUGAUCAAAUUUGGACAUCAAAAAACUAAAUAUUGCAAUCUUUUCAAUAGUCUAUAUAUACUAUCUUAUACUGAUAAGAGUUUUUUGUUGACUUCAUAUGAUAGAGUAAAAGAGUAUCAUUGCACUGACCAAAAAUAAUUAAAAAAUUGGAUUGAAAAUUUAAUAAGGUUUUGUGUAACAAGAGGCCAGAUCUAAACUAGAUUUAGAUUCUUAAGUCAAAUCAAUAAUGGCAAUUAUUCAAAAGUACUGUAUUUUAAAAAAAGGGUUAUCUAAUCGAGGACAAUAAGUAGAGACAAUUUGUGUGCAAGACUUUCCAAAAGACUGAUUUGAUCAAAGUUACUAAACUUAGAGAUUCUGUAAUUGGUGAAAUAUUAUUAUUAAGACCUAUUGAUCAUCAAAAUGUGAUUAAAUUAUUAGAAAUUCAUGAAGAUAAUAAAUAAAUAUAUUUGAUAUAUGAAUAUGCAAAAGGGGAAUUGUUUUAAGAAUUUUAAAAGAAAAAAACUGAGAAAUCUCAAUUUAGUGAAUAAUAGAUUAGCAAUUUUAUGAAAUAAAUUUUCGAAGGUCUUAAACAUAUACAUUCUCUCAAUAUUAUGCAUAGAGACAUUAAAUUAGAAAAUAUUCUUGUAAAAGAUUCUUAAACUAUAGUAAUUGCUGAUUUUGGAUUAGCAGCAAAAAAAAUACCCAAAUUCGAAUAUAAAAAAUAUGGAACUCCAGGGUAUAUUGCUCCAGAAGUAUUAAAUUUGAAAAUUUAUAAUGAAAAAAUUGAUAUAUUUAGUGCAGGUGUUGUAGCUUAUAUUCUAAUGACUUAAUAACCUUUGUUUUCAGGAAAUACAAUUAGUGCUAUUUUAAAUUAAAAUACAGCAGGAAGAAUUGAUUUUAAUAAUUCGAAAUUUGUAAGUCUUAGUAAAGAUGCAUAAUCAUUUUUAAAAAGAGUCUUAUGUCUAGAAGAAAAUUAAAGACCAUCUGCAGUAGAUUGUUUAGAUUCUCCAUUUUUAUAACUCUAAACACUUAAUAAUGAAAUAGGAACUCCAUUAUUAUAAAAAAAAGAAGUAAAUUGUAUCAUAAUUGAAUAGGUUAGAUUAAGUUACUUAGGUUCAUCUGUUUUACCUGAAUAGAUUAACCUAUCUAAAGCAAAAAGAAGAUCUAUGAGAUAAUAUAUUUUAUUAAAAUAAGCAAUUAUUACUGAAAAAUAGAAGACAUAAUUUAUGUAAUAAAUAGCUGAAUAAUAAUAAGGAGAUGAAGAAGAUUAAGAAAAUCUAAUUGUAUAAGAAACAGUAAAAAAUGUAUAAAUAAUUAAUUUAAUUUAGAUUGCAGGGUCUUUUUAUACUGAGACAAAGAAUGGAUAAAAUAAUGAAUAAUUAUAAGAAAGUGAUUCUAGUGAGAGCAUGAAUGGAGAAUCAUCUGAGAGUGAUGAUGAUGAUGCCAAUUUAUUUUUAGAGGAUGAUUCAUGUCAUAAUCUGUCCUCAAAACUUUCUCAAUUAGGUGGGAUUGAAAUAAAAAUGAAAAGAUGA